AUGCUCAAAGUCACGGCGCCCUCCGCGUCCGCGGCGUCCUGCUCUUCGGCCCCCGCCAGCGUGGGCCCGGCGGCGGCCAGCAGCCUGGUCCCCGAUUACUGGAUCGACGGCUCCAACCGGGACGCGCUGGGCGACUUCUUCGAGGUGGAGUCGGAGCUGGGACGGGGUGCUACCUCCAUUGUGUACAGAUGCAAACAGAAGGGGACCCAGAAGCCUUAUGCUCUCAAAGUGUUAAAGAAAACAGUGGACAAGAAGAUCGUGCGGACUGAGAUAGGAGUCCUUCUCCGCCUCUCCCACCCCAACAUCAUAAAACUCAAGGAGAUAUUUGAAACCCCGACAGAGAUCAGCCUGGUCCUGGAGCUCGUCACGGGAGGGGAGCUGUUUGACAGGAUCGUGGAGAAGGGGUACUACAGCGAGCGCGACGCCGCCGACGCCGUGAAGCAGAUCCUGGAGGCCGUGGCUUACCUGCAUGAAAAUGGGAUUGUCCACCGCGAUCUCAAACCAGAGAACCUGCUCUACGCCACGCCAGCCCCAGACGCGCCGCUCAAAAUUGCUGAUUUCGGACUCUCCAAAAUCGUGGACCACCAGGUGCUCAUGAAGACCGUGUGCGGCACCCCUGGGUACUGCGCUCCCGAAAUCCUCCGAGGCUGCGCCUACGGACCCGAGGUGGACAUGUGGUCAGUGGGCAUCAUCACCUACAUCCUGCUUUGUGGGUUUGAACCAUUCUAUGACGAAAGAGGCGACCAGUUCAUGUUCAGGAGGGUGCUGAACUGCGAGUACUACUUCAUCUCCCCGUGGUGGGACGAGGUCUCCCUGAACGCUAAGGACCUGGUCAGGAAGCUGAUUGUCCUGGACCCGAAGAAGCGGCUGACGACCUUCCAGGCCCUGCAGCACCCGUGGGUCACAGGGAAAGCGGCCAACUUCGUGCACAUGGACACUGCACAGAAGAAGCUCCAAGAGUUCAAUGCCCGGCGCAAGCUGAAGGCGGCAGUGAAGGCCGUCGUGGCCUCGUCCCGGCUGGGCAGUGCCAGCGGCAGCCAUGCCAGCAGCCAGGAGAGCCACAAGGCCGGCCAGGAGCCCCCACCUGCCCAGGAAGGCAGUGAGGCCGUCACAGCCCCGGCAGACGUCGAGGAAACACCGGGAGCUGAGGCCCAGCUGGCGGCGGAGGGAGCCGAGGCGGAGCAGAUGAAGGUGCAGGCCCCCGAGGAAGCGGGAGACGCUGAGGCCCUGGAGCAGGGCACGCAGGCGGCUGUCCCCGAGACGGAGCAGGGUCCUGGGGAGAAGCUGAAGGCUGUGGACGAGCCGGAGAGCCCCGCAGCGGGACUUGGAGCCCCGCAGCAGGGGGUGACGCUGCCGGAGUAUUAG